GCACAGGUCAGGGUCUCCCAAGCCUUAGGCAUCCCAUCGGGCCACCGACCUGAGUCUGCUCGCCACCACAUCCCUCCCUAGUCAAGGCAGCCUCCAAGGGGUCGCACACCCUUGAACGUCCCCCGGUGCCACCCUGAGCAGAGGAGGAGGUCACUGGCUUGGAGCAGUGGGACUUCGGACCUACACACUGUGCACUGCCAGGGUGCCCUCGCUCUGUGACUCCAGCGUCUCCUGCAGCGCGCCCAGCUCGGCCAAGGAGAAGGGCCCAGGCCUGCGCCCCUGCCAUGGCGAGGACCAAGCAGACCGCCCGCAAGCAGAUCGGCGACAAGGCGCCCAGAAAGCAGUUGGCCACCAAAGUCUCCGGCAAGCUGGUGCCCCCUCUGUCAGGGCUGAAGAAGCCCCACCGGUACAGGCCGGGCACCGUGGCGUUGCGGGAAAUCCGACGUUACCAGAAGUCCACGGAGCUUCUCAUCCGCAAGCUGCCCUUCCAGCGCCUGGUGCGGGAGGUGGCUCAGGCCCUCCUGCCAGACCUGCGCUUCCAGAGCGCGGCAGUGGGUGCUCUGCAGGAGGCCAGCGAGGCCUAUCUGGUGGGUCUUUUUGAAGACACCAACCUGUGUGCUAUCCAUGCCAAGCGUGUCACCAUUAUGCCCAAAGACAUGCAGCUGGCACGCCGCAUUCGCGGAGAGCGCGCUUAGGAGUCUGCGCCGGGCCAGAUAAUCGUGUUCUCAUUUUUUUUUAAUCCUCUACCUGUUAUCCUUAG